AUGUCAUCAUUUACACCGAUCAAUCGUCAGGCCGGUACCCAAGCUCCCUCUCUUACUCCUGCCGAGACCGGGCUUCUUACACCUCCUCCCACUCCUCCUCCUGUCAACGUAGGCGCAGCUCUCUUUCAUUUCGGGAUGCUCACGCCUCCUCCUAGUCCUCCUGCUGCUAUGCCUCCCCCUCCCCCUCCUACACCUGUUACCCCAGCCCGAGCACCAGCACAAGCCCCAGCACCAGCCCGACCAUCAGCUGCUCCCAAGCCUCCCAGGUUGCGCAAAUGUGACGACUGCGGCGAUACCUUCAGCUACAAGAAUAUUGCCGACCACAGGAAGGUCCAUAAGAUGCUCGGAGACGAAGGUGGGCUGGCUCGUCCCUGCAAGCAAUGCAAGAACCACCCCGAGCGGUGUUAUGUGGCCAUCCAUCCCGAGAAGCUCAACACGUACGCGUGCGCUUGCUGUCUCGGCGCCCACAAGGCUUGCAGCUUUAAGUCGAUCAAGUUUGAGAGACCGAAUGAGUGGGCUGAUAGACAUCCCUUCUUGUUGGAGAAGGAAAACAUCCCUCCUGAAGAAGAGGACAGUACUUCAAACUCAUCGGCGAGUAACUCAAACUCGUCGAUGAGUACCUCAGUCUCGUCAGUGGAGGUUAAUCCUCAUAAUAGGUCCUGGGAACUCUAA